UGUUUAAAAAGUUUUUAUGAUCAUUGAGCCAUUUGAAUUAAUUACCCUUACAAAGCGGCAUUGGUGUGAAACACCCUAUCGUAAUUUUAGUGAUAGCAGAGAAAUUCGUCAUUUUGAACCGAGUUACUGCACAAUUCGGCUCUAUGCCAAAUAGUACUUCCCGUAAGUUGAGUACAAGUGUAGGACAACGGUUUUAACGAACGGACCUGUUUCCGUAAGAUUUUAGCUGCUCAUAUAUCCUUAGCCAUUAUUAAGCCAGAGAUAUUCAAAUAGUGCAUCUUCGCGUGUUAAACUUAACUUUUAUGCAAAAACGUGUCUACGUGCACGUUUAUUUGAAUGGUUUACUAGUUAUGAUUUCAUUUGCAGCUGUUGUACUUCAUGGAAUGUAUCAAGGCCGGUCUGAUACAUAGACAUUGGUAUCACCCUUCUUGAAUGUUUGCACAUAAAAGCAAUAAAGCGCUAACACUCCAGCGCUUAUCAACCCGGAAACUUCGAAACAGAACCACAUUAUAGAGAAGUGCUGUUGGCUUGGAAUAUACCUUCAUAAAACUAUCCUGCUGUGCUGCCAUGUCACUUAACUUCCAAACAUUGUUUGCUGAUCUUUGUUUUUAAUUUUGAUAAAUUUUUGUUUCUAAAUUUGUGGUCGACCCCUGCGGAUUUCUUCAUGGAAAAGAACGAUUUUAAGCGAUUCUGCGUAGUUAUAAUUCUUACACUCACAUUGCAUCUUAUAACAAUGCCAGUUUUGCUCUAUGGACAGAAGAUGAACGUGUUCAGAAUAUCCUUUCUGAUAUUUCACAACUUUUUGGCCUUCUGGGUGUAUUUCUUCAUGGCCUUGGUGAAGAAGAAAAAAGGCUUUGUUGAGUACAAUGAGCAAACAACCGAGCUGCUCAGGAAAGAACCAAACAAGUACUGCAUCCUGUGCGAUAACUACAAGCCAGAAAGGGCACACCACUGCAGUAAAUGCAGGCAGUGUGUACGGAAGAUGGACCAUCACUGCAUGUGGCUGGGCAAUUGUGUAAAUAAUGAUAACUUGGGCCAUUUCAUAAGGAUGCUUCUGUAUGCCGUACUCAGCCUCCUUGUUCUUUCGGUUUUUUCCAUAUAUUCGAUCGUUAGAAGAGACCGGUUCGGUCCUCCGUUUCUUUUUCGCAUUAUUUUGGUGUUUGUUGUUACGAUAGCCGUGCUCUCGUCCCUGCUUUUUCUUGCACUCGGGUUCUUUCUCAUUGAAAGGUUUAUUUUUGUUCUAAAGAAUCUCACAUAUCUGGAGAGCUGCAAUUUAGAGGCGUUUAAAGAGAACGGCAUGCAUCAUUUGAUCAAGUCACCGUACAAUCUGGGCUGGUGGAAAAAUUUGCAGGUUCAGAUGGGCAAGCCGUACUUCCUGUACAUGUACGGCGAAGAGGGCGAUGGACUAUUUUUUGAAAAGAAUUUUGAGUGCGAGCAGUGGCCGCCCCGCCAAAUGGUCGAUAGAUGGAGACGGUACAACGAGAUACCAUUUCUUCCGUAAAGCGAGAUUAGGACAAACACUGAUCUCCUUAACUUAUAUCAAACAUAAAUAGACUCACAUUCACAGCAUGCAACGUAAAUGAGCCGUGCUAUAGUUUACAAUAUCAGAAUCGAUUUUGUAGUUGUCAGAAUGAGACCUUCCACAUCACCAUAAAUAAACUAUUUUUGGGAAUUUGUUUAUUUAUAAUUGUUGCCUGAGAAAGAGGCUUCAGUUACUACUGGAAUAGCAAUUGCAGCAAAAAAUCUAAGAAAAACACACAAG